AUGAAGGAUUUAAAUAAUGCUGAUGUGCAAACACUUGAUUUUCAAAUUAAACAAAUAAUAUCUCAAUUAAUUCCAUUUGUACGAUUACAUAUUAAUAAUAUAUUUAAUCAAUCAAUUCUUAGUCAUAUUCGUGAGCAUCAGUUAUUUUUAUUUAAACAACAACGAGAUUCUGCUCAAUUAAUUCAUCAUUUUCCAAAUCAAUAUUCUCAGUCAAUUGAAAAGACAAUUGAAAAAUAUUGUGAAACAAGUAUUCGAGAUGGUGAUGCUGAUCUUAUUCGUGACAUAUCUGAUGUGAUUUUUGAUGAAUUAAUUAAAUAG